AUGGUUGUUUCCUUCUUUCUCUUCCAUCUCCCUCUCUUUCUAUCUUUCUCUCUCUUUCUCUCUCUCUCUCUCUCUUUCUCGCUUUCUCUCUUCCUCUUCUCUCUUUCUUUCUUCCUAUCUCUUUCUUUCUCUCUCUCUUUCCUUCUAUCUCUUCCACCUCCCUCUCUUUCUAUCUUUCUCUCGCUUUCUCUCUCUUUCUCUCUUUCUCUCUUCCUCUCCCUCUUUCUCUCUUUCUUUCUUCCUAUCUCUCUCUUACUCUCUCUCUCUCUCUUUACUUCUAUCUCUUCCAUCUCCCUCUCUUUCUAUCUUUCUCUCUCUUUCUCUUUCUCUUUCUCGCUUUCUCUCUUCCUCUCCUCUCUUUCUUUCUUCCUAUCUCUUUCUUUCUCUCUCUCUUUCCUUCUAUCUCUUCCACCUCCCUCUCUUUCUAUCUUUCUCUCUUUCUCUCUUCCUCUCCCUCUUUCUCUCUUCCUCUCCCUCUUUCUCUCUUUCUUUCUUCUUAACUCUCUCUUUCUCUCUCUCUCUCUUCUAUCUCUUCCAUCUCCCUCUCUUUCUAUCUUUCUCUCGCUUUCUCUCUCUCUUCCUCUCCCACUUUCUUUCUUUCUGUCUUUCUUUCUUCCUAUCUCUUUCUUUCUUUCUCUCUCUCUCUUUCACUCUUUAUUUUUUAUCAAAUAUUUAUUAGGCUUAAUUUAUUUUCUAUCCUCUCAGUCCUUUUCUUUCACUAUUACUGUCUCUUCCGCUUCCUUCUUCUAUACACUCUGUUCUGUAUCUCUCUUCUUUUUACUCUUAAAAAAGCUUGUUUUUCUAUUGCCUUAUUCUUCAUUAUUUCCAACUGCAUUUCUUUUUCUCGAUGAUAUCUAA